AUGGCUACCACGGAAAAAGACAAAAGCUUGGCCCUCCGCCGUCACACGGCCUUAGUGUCCAGUGUCUCGCAACAAAUCGCCCACUUCCACACACAGAAGACCCCCUUCCGCAUCUUCCACGGCAACACCAACUCGACACGGCCCAGCGAGCGCACCAAGACCGGCACCAUCGACAUCUCGGCGCUCGACAACGUCCUCUCCGUCUCGCCGGCGGAGCGAACAUGUCUCGUCGAGCCCAAUGUGCCGAUGGACGUCCUCGUUGCCGCAACGCUGCCGUACGGUCUCGUACCGCCCGUCAUUCCCGAGUUUCCCGGCAUUACCGUUGGUGGCGGCUACGCGGGUACCGCAGGUGAAAGCAGCAGUUUCCGCUACGGCUUCUUCGAUCGCACGGUCAACUGGAUCGAAGUCAUCUUGGCGGACGGCAAGAUCGUGAUCGCCUCGGAGAAUGAGCGCGAAGACCUCUUUCGUGGUACGGCAGGCACGUUCGGCACACUGGGCGUGACGACGUUGUUUGAAGUCCGGUUGAUUCCGGCGAAGAGUUUCGUGGAGCUCGCAUAUAUCGGUGUCCAGAGCAUCGAGGAGGCUCAGGCGGUCAUGAAACAAGUGGGCGAAGGGGAGGAGAUGGAUUUUCUUGAUGGCAUUAUGUUUGCGAGGGAUAAGGGUGUGGUAAUGGCGGGGAAGUUUAGUGAGCAACACGAAAAGAAUCGGGAACUGAAUGUCGUGACCUUCACGAAGCCUUGGGACCCGUGGUUUUAUUUACAUGCGGAGAAGAUGGUGAAUCUCACGCCUUCUUCUUCGAAACGAACUAGCAAUGGUGAAGAUGCACGCCAAAUCCAGGCUUUGAUCUCAACUGCUCCUCAAGACCUCAUCCCACUGACCGACUACCUCUUCCGCUACGACCGCGGCGCGUUCUGGACAGGCAAAUUCGCCUAUUCCUGGUUCUUGACGCCCUUUAACAGGCUCACCCGCUGGCUCGUUGACCACUGGAUGCACGCGCGCACCAUGUACCACGCCCUGCACCGCUCGGGCCUCAUCAAUCGCUUCAUCAUCCAAGACGUGGCAGUCCCCAACCGCAACAUACCCGCCUUCUCGUCUUGGCUCGACGAGUACCUCCCGCACAUCUACCCGCGCUGGCUGUGCCCGUUGAAACUACACGAGACCGUGAGUAUGCAUCCGCACCUGGCCCCCCCAGCGGCCAGGGACGAAGAUAGCUUGCUGAACAUUGGCGUCUGGGGCCCUACGCCGAAAGGCAUGUUACAGAUCAGCGUCAACCGAAGGAUCGAAGCUGAACUGAAAAGGCUGGAGGGCAUGAAAUGGUUGUACGCGCAGACGUUCUAUACGGAGGCUGAGUUCUGGGCCAUCUAUGAUCGGGACUGGUAUGAUGGGUUGAGGAGGAAGUAUCGGGCCGAAGGAUUGCCGAGCGUGUAUGAAAAAGUUAGAACGAGGUUUGAGAUAGACGAACAGGGGGCGGUUGUCGGGGAUAUGAGAAUGGGGAUCGAGAAGGGGUUUUGGAGUAUUUGGCCAUUCGCGGGCGUGUAUGGGCUGUUGAGUAUGCUUAAGGGAGGAGAUUAUUUGAGGAAGAAGACAUAA